AUGGAGGUAAAGCAACAGAUUAUGCAACAGAUGGGCUAUACAGUGGAGGAACUGCCUUUCAAAUACUUGGGAGUUCCCCUCUCGACAAAGAAGCUGAGCGUAAUACAAUGGUAUCCCCUCAUAGAAAAGAUCAUGGCAAGAAUCAAGUCAUGGGCAGCAAAAAAAUUGUCCUAUGUUGGAAGAACACAACUGAUUAAGACUGUCUUGUUUGGAGUUCAAUCCUACUGGGCACAAUUAUUUAUCAUACCAGCUAAGAUAAUAAAAGUGAUUGAAGGACUAUGCAGAAGCUACUUAUGGUCAGGGGUUGGAGAUGUUACAAAGAAGGCCUUGAUAGAAUGGGAGAAAGUGUGUUGUCCUAAAAGUGAGGGAGGCAUAGGACUGAUUAAUAUGAAAAUAUGGAAUAGAGCUGCGAUUGCUAAAUUGUGCUGGGAUCUAGCUAACAAGGAAGAUAAACUCUGGAUCAAAUGGAUUCACACAUACUAUAUAAAGGGGCAAAGAGAGUGGCAGAGGAGGAAACAAGCAAGCUGGAUGGUACAAAAAGUCACGAGUGCUCAACAAAGUGUGGAGCAAGUUCAGCAGCAACAAAGGAAGAAUAAAGGGGUGGUUAGACAACUUUAUGAACACAUGAAAGGAGAACAACAAAAGCCAGUAUGGACCUGUCUUAUGUUCAACAAUGUUGCAAGACCAAAAGCUUAUUUCACAAUGUGGAUCAUGUUGAAUCAAAGGCUGGUGACAGUGGAUAGACUAGAUCAGUGGGGAAUUGAAGUAGAGAAGAUUUGUGUGAUGUGCAACAAUGAAGAAGAAACUGCAGAGCAUCUUUUUAUACAAUGUAAUUAUGCAAGAAGAAUAUGGGAGAGAUUGUUAAGCUCAAUAGAGAGACAAACUGAAGCUCCAAUGACUUGGGAGCAAUUUGUACAAUGGUGCAUUAUGCAUGGAAAAGGAAAGAGGGCAGCUGCACAACUGUUCAAGACUAUGCUUGCUGAAGGUAUCUAUGGAUUGUGGAUGGAGAGAAAUAAUAGAAUCUUUGAACACAAGAGUAGAAAUGAGGAACAACUUGUUAAAGAGAUAGUCUACAUUACUAUUGUUAGAACUCAUCAUUUGGCAGUUAAGUAA